AUGUCUCGUACCGUGGCUGCAGACGAGAGAGAAAGCCCAUCAGGCCCGAGCCGGGAGAGCGCUGUCGCCGGUGUCGGUGGCCCGGCCGCCACAGGCCACCACCCAGAAACCGCCGUGGAAGAUGCGGAGGAGCAGAAAUCCUUGGAGAAGCCGAGCCGCGCCUGCUGUUUCUCAUGCUCUCGCCCAGCUUCUCGCCGCGUGCAACCGGUAAUCAACGAUCUGGAUUUCCAGCCGGUGGUCUCAAUCACUCCGGUGAUCCCGCCGAAGCUCAAGUUCCCGGAUAUGGUGGAAUUCCAGAUGGUGCACUACCUGCUGGAUCGAUGUGCGAAUGGGUCAACAGCAGCUUGCCGGCUAGGCAGGAGCCUUGCUGUUAUGUUCAGCCUUUUGCCUGCGAUUGCUUCGAUGAGCUUUGCCUUCUGCGUCUUCACCCCACUGGCAAAGCCUGAAGACGGAUUCUGGCACAACUGGAACUUCAACUUUGUGAGCCACCCCAUUCUCAACUACACAAUCGCCAGAGGGCAGCUGGAAAGCUUGGCCAGGGCCUUCAACCGCCAGGACCGACACCGCAUCAGGUGGAUCCUCCGGCUUGUUCCGCUCAGCACAACGUGUGUGUGCCUGCUCGCUCACAUGGUCCUCUCCAACGCCAUGUACCCGAUUCCCAUGGCGGCGGUCACUUCCUGUUUGCCGGCGUUGUGGGUCGCCAUGGCCAUCUACAUGCGAUCGCUGCCGCCUGAGCUCCUGACGAAAGAGGCUGUGUGGCUCAAGGUCGUUGCAGUCGUCAUCUGGGGGCUUUGGGCCCUCCAGUACGUAUGCUUCCUGCUUUGGGCGGCAGCCUUUCCCGAUCUUCCAGAGGCUUGGCAGAGCUUGAGCACCGUGGGCAUCGGCGCCCUGGUUGCGGCCGCGGCGGAGCUGACGGAGAAGCUCGCGGGUUGCUGGGGCGUACCCAGGUACUUGCUGGCUGACUUGAAAGUCGGUCCAUUCUUCAUGAGCCUGUUCUUCUCAGCCAGCCUCAUGUCCACUGCCAAGAGCCUCACGGUGGUCGUGGUCAUAGCUGUCCUGGAUGCAGGUAAAGCACUGGUGGCGACCUGUAAGAUGCUCGUGGAGCUUCUUCAGAUCUUGGACGCCGAAGAGCGCCUUGCUGAGGUGGAGCCUCAGCAUGGCAGCCCAUCAAGUUGGUCCUGCUGGAGCUACAUCUCUGCUGCGGGGAAAGGCCUGGCCAGAAAGCCGGGAGCCACGAAGAGACUCUGUCAGAGGGUCCGGUGCAUCGUCCAGGAGGUAGAGAGCCAGACUCAAGCGGAGGUGAGCUCGAGCGAUGUUGCCUGCGCGGACGCCUUUCUGCUGAAACGGCUAACGCACUCUUUGGUUGCCCUCGCUGUAGUCGAGUUGUGCGAACUUUUUGUGCCACUGCUCUACAUGCUGAUGGCGACAGCCCUGCACUCCGACACUUUCGGGCACAAUCGUGUCUUUUUCUUGCGCUUCGCAGAUGAGACCCGACUUCAAUAUGUCGAUGGCAUGGUGGGCAAUGCUAUCGCGAUACUGAUCGAGGUCAUUGUCUUCGCAGCUUUGCAGACCUUCAUCCUCUACGCGUUCGGCAUUAAUCUGCUAGAGUUUGCAGGAACAGUCAUUCGGUUGGACUAUUCCUUCUACGCCUUCUUCUUGGCAUUUUGCGCCAUUUGCUUCGUGAUUCCUACAAUUGAGCACGGUGGCGCUUGGAUGCUGCUGGGUGGGGCACACAACUGA